UAUCGCUAUUAUCCUCUUUUGUCAGUUGGGCCGUUUGUUUCAAAUGCUUGAAGGUCUUGGUACACAGAUAGAGAAAGAUGUAUUGUUGGAUAAGUAUAGGAAGCCUGUAUUGAAUUCUGUAUUUAUGGAGGAAUGGUCUAGUCUUACAAAGAAUUUUUUGAAGGCUCUUCCUUACUCUCUUACUUCAAGUCAGUUAACUGCUGUUUCAGAAAUUAUUUGGGAUCUCAAGCGGCCAGUUCCUAUGAAUCGACUUUUGCAGGGAGAUGUUGGUUGUGGGAAGACUGUGGUAGCUUUUUUGGCAUGUAUGGAGGUUAUUGGUGCAGGUUAUCAGGCAGCUUUCAUGGUUCCAACUGAGUUGCUUGCUGUCCAGCACUAUGAGCACUUUCUUAAUUUGCUAGAGAAUAUGGAGCAUGUUGAUUGUAAACCUUCUGUCGCUUUGCUAACGGGCUCAACCCCAUCGAAACAAUCACGGCUCGUUCGUGAGGGUCUCCAGAGUGGAGAUAUCUCAUUGGUCAUUGGUACCCACAGUCUAAUAGCAGAAAAGGUGGAAUUCUCAGCUUUACGCAUUGCAGUGGUAGACGAGCAACAUCGUUUUGGUGUGAUCCAGAGAGGAAGGUUUAACAGCAAGUUAUAUUAUACCUCAAUAAGUUCAAGAAUGGCUGUGACUAGUUCAUCAAAUGGCGCCUUGAAAGGUGAUGUCUAUAUGGCCCCUCAUGUUCUUGCUAUGUCAGCCACUCCAAUCCCAAGGAUGUGA